AUGAAAAUAAUAAAUUUAAUAAUAUUAUUUUUUAUAUUUUUUAUAAAUUUAAUAAAUUGCCAGUUUGAAUAUGAUGGUAUUAAAAUUUAUGAUUUAACAGAAAAACAAACUUUAACAAAUUAUAAGAGUAUACUAAAUGUGGGAUAUUAUUGUGGUUUUUAUUUAAAUUUAUUAAUCGUAGAUGAAAGAGUUGAUCAAAGUUUUUAUGAAGCAACUUUUUCUUAUAGUAAUUUAGAGGUAAUGGUUAACAGUUAUAAUGUACUUUAUGAAAAUUCAACAUCAAAAUUAUAUCAAGUAUUUAUUCUUUCCUCGAAAAUUGGUAUUAUAGAAUCAUUAUCAUUACAAACUUUAAUUGAUGGUACAAUACAAUUUCAAUAUCCAUUGGAAAAUAAUUUAACAUGUAUUGAAAUUGAUGUGGAUAAUUUAAAUAUAACAGUACUUCAAAAUAAUAAUAAUUUCGAUUGGAAUGCCUUUCAAUCAUUCUAUGCAUUCAUUAAAAUCCAAGGUUUAAUAUAUCCAGUAGAAAUUGUAAUUGGUAAUCCAUUUUAUAUAGAACAUAUUUAUAGUGAUGUUUAUAAAGUUACAUUUUCAGAAUAUACUGGUAUAGAUUUAAUUAAAGAUGAUUUAUAUAAAGAUUGGAAUAUUUCAUUAUUUUUCACUUUUGAUCAAGUUGAACCAAUAAAUGUUUAUAUUCCAUCAUUCUAUGGUAGUAAUAAUAAUAAUAAUAUAAAUCAAAAUCAAAUAUUAAAUUUUGAAACAUUUCCAAAAGAUACUUUAAAUGUCAUACAAUGUAUGGGUGAAAGGUAUGGACCAUUAUUCAAGUUUACUUUAACUUCUCCAAAUAUAAAGAGACCAUUACAAUUUAUAGAUCAAAAUUUUGCUUAUCCAAAUUUAAUAUCAUCAUUGGGUGGUGAUAAUUAUUUUCAAUAUAUUGGUUAUUUCAAUACUAUGUAUGCAAAUUAUAUUUCAGCUACAAAUUAUACAUUUAAAGUUCAAAAUAAUGAUAAAAUCCAAGAUUUCAAUACAACUCCUUUAAUGAUUAAAGAUAAAUUUACUGGAUCUACUAGUUUUCCAAUGCAUAUAGAUCCUCCAACUUAUUUUAUAAAUGGACCAAAUCUUUUAGUGGUUUCUAUUAAUGGUAUAAAUACAGCACAAUAUGGUUUGGGAUUAUUUCAUUAUCAAUAUGCUGAAAAAGAUAUUUACCCAAAUGCACCAUUUGGUUUUUCACUUGGUAAUAAUUUAAAUUUUAAUUAUAAUGUAUCUUUACCAUUCAAUUAUUUAACUGUAUUAAAUGACUUUCAUCCAAAUCUAAUAUUUCAAGAAUAUUCAAAUUUACAAACUUCAAUUGAAGUUUAUGAUCUUCAAAGAAGAAAUUUAACUCUUAAAAUUCAAUCAAUUGAUUCUUUAGAACUUAUUCAUUUAUAUGAUUCAUUUUUUUUAGUUAGAAUUUCUAUAAUUUCACCAAAUGGAUUAUUUAAAAUUGUAAUAGAUGAUAGUAUUGAAUUUAAAUCUUUAGAAUAUUUAGUUUCUGGUACUAUAUAUAAUGGAAACUAUGAAUUUAAAAUGAAUUUAUUUGGAUCUUAUCUCAAAUUUGUUUUAUAUGAUAAUGUUGAAUUUUCACAAACUUUUUAUGAAGGUGAUUAUUAUUCAAUUAAUCCUAUUAAAAGAAUUAUUUUACCAGAUUUAAUUAGUAAUGUUAAUUUUGAUAUUUAUAAAAUUGAAAAUUUUAAAUUUUUAAAAAUUGAUAAUCCAAUUGAUAUUACAAAUAAAUCAAUAUCAAAUAGAUUAUAUUUUAAUUAUUCAAAUAUUGAUAAUGUUAAUAGACCAAUUGGGUUUAUAUUAUUGGAUCCAUUAUCAUUUGAUACAGUUAAUCCAUUUUUAUCCAAUAAAAUUUAUUAUGCGAAAUGGGUAAAAGAAAUUGGAUUAUUUGUAGUUGAUUUUAUAAUACCUGCAAAUACUCAACCAGGUUUAUUACCAUGGAUGUUAUAUUUUAAUUACAAUGUUCAAUUAUUUAGCUCAAAUUUACCAUUGGAAAGUCAAUAUCAAUUGAAUGUAACUUCAGACAAUGUAGAUUUAUAUGGUCCAAUCUUUUCAAAGAUUCAAAAAUACCCAGGAAAUGGUGAUUCAGGUGUUGGCUGGGAUAUUACAAUCUCUGAUCCAAUUAAUGGCUUCACCAAUGGAUUUAUAGUUGUAAUGGGGUCAAUUGAUAAUUCAAUUUAUAAUAUUUCAAUUGGAUCACCAGUUAGAGGUACCCCUGGUAUUCAAUCAUUUGACUAUAGUUUAACAAUUAUUAAACCUGGUGAAUCAUGUAUCAAUCAAGAUUAUGUUAUUACUCAAGUGAUUUUAUAUGAUUCUAUGGGUGUAAAUUCAACAUUUUCAAUACAAACUCUCUAUCCAAAUCCUAUUAAGAAUCCUUUUAUAAAUUAUUUAGAUGACAUUUCAAUCAAUAGUUUUACUACAACACGUUGUAAUUCAUUAGAUAAUACACCACCAUCUAUUUCAAGUUUUGUAGUUUCAAGAGAAUCAAUUGACCUUUUUCAAUCAAAUAGAAUUGUUGAAUUUAAUUUUACAAUUACAGAUGGUGAAAGUGGUAUUAAAAUAAACUCUCAACAUCCAAAAAUUUAUCUAACUAGCAAAGAUUUAACAAUUUUAGAAUGUCAAACAAAUAUUUCAACCAUUAUAAGUUUAUAUACUGUUUCCUAUUAUUGCAGUAUUGAAUUACCAUUUAAAGGUAGUGAUAGUGGUUAUAUAAUUUCAAUUUAUGGUUUAUUAAAUAAUGGUGGAUCUUAUAAAGGUUAUUCUUCAGAUGAACUAAAUAGUUUAAAUUUACCUUGGUAUAUUGAUGUAAUGAAUUCAAUUAAUAAUAAUCCAGUACCCAUAAUUACCAAUACUAGCUCAAUCACUAUUUAUGGUGGUGAUUUAUGGGUAUUUGGUUUUGGAUUUAAUAACAGUCAAACGAUUACAGUUGAAAUCAAUUCAAAACAAAUUACAAUACCAACAAAUUCAAUUACUUGUUAUAACACUGCAUUAUUAAUUUCAAAUUUACGACCAACAAAUAAUUCAUUCACCAUUAAAGUUGAAAAUUCAAAUACUUGGGUAGUUUUUCCAAUUAAUUAUAAUUUACCACCUAUAGUUGAAAUUACUUCCUCUUCAGAAUCUACUUCUUCUUCCUCCUCCUCCUCCUCUUCGGGUUCUGAAAUCGAAGAUCAAUGUUCCAUAUUAAAUUGUGGUAAUAGUAGUCAAGGUUAUUGUAAUGUUUAUUCAUGUAUUUGUUAUAACCCAUGGUCUGGAAAAGAUUGCACUCAAAAACAAAUUGUUAUUUCACCUCCAACUAUAAAUACUACAGAUCCAACAUCUAAUAUUCCAACUUUAGAUAAUAAUAAUAUUUUAUAUAAUUCAUUAAUUUCUAUUGUAUCACUUAGAGAAUUGGAUUUCAAUGGAAAGAGUAUUAAAUCAUUUACAUUUGAUAAUAAAUGGUUAUUAACAGAAUUAGGUAAAAACAAGAAUCAAUACUAUACAAAUAUUACAACAUCCUCACUGUCAACUCCAAAUUUAAUGGUUACAACCAAUAUUACAGUAACAUUGGAAUGGUUUACUGAAUUAACCAGUGUUAUUUUUGCUAAAAAAAAUCUAACAAUGAAUCCAUUUUCUGUUAAAUAUACAAUAGAAAUUUCUAAAUAUGCAUUUUCUGGCCAAUUAAAUCAACUUGAAUUGGUAAUGUCCGCUUUAUUUGGAUCUUCAAAAACUAAAGACGUUUGUGCAUCUCAAGAAUUUAUAAGCGAAAAUGAAAAUGAUUAUUUAAAAAUUCAAAUUCAAGAUCAUUCUUUAAAUGGUAGAUUUAUUAAACGUGCAUAUAUUGAUUCAAAAGUAGCAACUGUUUCAAAUGUACUUUUAGAUUCUUCUAUGAAUAAAAUUGAACAAUCCAAUGAAAUAUCACCAAACCAAGUUCAAUCUUUUGUUGGAAUUAUAAUACCAAUUUACAGUUUUAAAGCAUUGAUCGACCCUGAUUUUAGCGUUUUAUUAGAUAGUAAUGAAAAUACAAAUGAAAAUAAUUCAAAUUCUGUUUGUACUAGUGGUUCAUCUGGUUUAUCAAAUUCUCAAUUAGCUGGUAUAGUUAUUGGAUCCUUUGGUUUUGCAUCUGUUAUUGCAAUUUCAAUUGCUUACUAUUUUUAUAAAAAGAGAAAAAAUCAAAAUUUCAUUAAAAAUGUUCAAACUAAAUUAAAACCAAUGAACCAAUAA